CAAACUAGUACCUGUGCCUAUAUAUAUAUUUUUUUUCGUGCCUAUAUAUUUGAUGGUGACAAUUGAUUCCAUAUCAUUUGUAAUGAACAUGGAAGCCACAUCAGUUUUUAGGCCAAAACUUGGAUCUCAGUUUUCUCUUCCUUCUACGACCAAUUUAUUUCCGUUAAGAAAACUCUAUGGCUUUCCUCUGACGUCAUUUCCCGGUAAGCCUAUAAAGCGUAUUCGUUUGAAGGCCACUAAUACUCUGACAUUUGAUGAUAAAGAACGUACUCGCAAGUUCAAGAAAUUACCACUUUCUGAAUGGACUCACUACUUCCACUCGAUUCCCCUUGAUAUCUCGGAAAUGGAUGCACUUAAAGAAGAGAUCGAUGAACUAAAGCCGAAAGUGAAAAACACAUUCAUGUCUUCCCAAGGCAGUGACUCUACAAAGACGAAAAUCCUUAUGAUAUAUUUGUUUGUGAGCCUUGGCCUUGCAUAUCACUUCGAGGAAGAGAUAUAUGAGACUCUAAAAGAGGGUUUCGAAAAUAUAGAGAAGAUCAUGGCCGGUGAAGAAGAUUUGUACACAGUUUCGAUCAUCUUUUGGGUUUUCAGAAGAUAUGGUCACUACAUAUCUUCAGAUGUAUUCCAAAGAUUCAAAGGGAGCAAUGGAAGUUUUAAAGAGUCUCUUAUCGGAGACGCCAAGGGUAUGUUGAGCUUGUAUGAAGCUGCACAUUUGGCGACAACAAAAGAUUACAUAUUGGACGAAGCAUUGAUCUUUACAUCGAGCCACCUGGAGACAUUAGUUGCAACUGGAACGUGCCCACCUCAUCUCUUAGCGCGUAUACGAAAUGCUCUUAGCAUCUGUCAGCAUUGGAACUUUGAGGUAUUAGUCCCACUGGAUUUCAUACCAUUCUAUGAACAAGAAAAAGACCAUGACGAGAUGCUACUCAAAUUUGCUAAGCUCAGUUUCAAGUAUCUGAAGCUCAUAUACCUUCAGGAUCUCAAAAUCCUUACAAAAUGGUACAAGAAGCUAGAUUUUCCAUCUAAGUUUCCACCUUACUUCAAAGACAGAUGCGUCGAAAAUUAUUUCUUUGUGUUACCGGUGUUCUUCGAACCACAACUCUCAAGUGCAAGGAUGUUGUUGACUAAGGGCUUCAUCCUUCUGGGGAUUCAGGAUGACACAUUCGACAGAUAUGCAUCUAUUUCUGAGGCCGAAAGCCUCGGCAACAGCUUGAAAAGGUGGGCUCCAGAUCAUUCCAUGGACAAACAACCUGAAUAUUUGAAAUCCGUAUUGAAGGUUAUAUUAGAUACUUUCCAAGAGUUUGAAAAAGAACUUAGCCCCGAAGGAAGAUCUUACAGUGUGAAAUACACAAUUGAAGAGUUCCAGGCAUCUUCGAAAGCUAACGUUGAGUUGGCAAAAUGGGCACAAGUGUCUCACGUACCUAGCUUUGAGAAGUACAUGGAAGUUGGACAGAUGGAAAUCACCGCAUGUGUGACCGUUGCAUAUAUUUUAAUGUCUAUGGGAAAGACGGGUACUAAGGAAGCUUUUGAGUGGCUAAAAUCUAGGCCAAAACUCGUCCAAUCUUUAUGUACUAAAGGUCGUCUUAUGAAUGAUAUAGCCGGUUUUGAGGAUGACAUGAGUAGAGGAUAUGUCGUGAAUGCUGUCAAUUGUUAUAUGAAGCAAUAUGGAGUUACUGAAAAGGAAGCUUUUAAGGAGCUUCGUAAAAUGGUUGUCAAUACACAUAAGACAUUAAAUGAGGAGUUCUUGACCACCACUUGCGUGUCACAUUAUGUUCUUAGGGAAACCAUGGAUUUUGCACGCAUGAUCAUCGUCACCUACAAUGGAUAUGAAGGAUUUACCCGUCCUGAUGAAGGAAAAAUCGAGGAGUAUAUGACUUCGUUAUUCGUCGAUCAUACUCUGAAAAUGUUGUAGUGUUUGAUUCAGGAGUAGUGAUGUUAAUAUGGGUAUUCAAACCCUAUUUAAUUACUGGAUAUGUGUAAAAGAAAUUGACCCAUUUAGGGAAAAAAUUAAAUGAGAUUAAAUGGAUUAGCCCAACUAAACAUUUUUAUUAAAU